AUGAAGAACAAAGAAGGCUGGGACGGAAAAUUACGCAUGGAGCCCCCGAAAGCUGUCAUCACGAAUCCAGAGGCUUUGGAGGAUUCGGAUUACUCCGAUCCUGAGGCCCCACCUGUGGACGAGAUUGAUGCCGAUGAAGAUCUUUUGGAGGGCGAGGAUGUGAAUGUCGAGGAUAUCGAUCUUGUCCAUUGUCGCAUAUCUUCGAUUGCUGCGCUGCACUUGGAACGGUUUAACAAGCUCCAGAACCAAAUAUCGCGCGUCGACUUCCCGUCCAAUGUCGCCGCUACCCUUACCGAGCUUGACCUUUAUGACAACCUUAUCUCCCAUCUCAAGGGUCUGGAUGAGUUCCACGACUUGACCAGCUUGGAUUUCAGUUUCAACAAGCUUAAGCAUAUUAAGAAUAUUUCACACCUUGUGAAGCUUACCGAGCUGUUUUUCGUGCAGAAUAAGAUAUCCAAGAUCGAAGGGUUAGAAGGUCUGACCGCUCUACGGAACUUGGAGCUGGGCGCAAAUCGGAUCAGAGAAAUCGAAAAUCUCGAAACCCUUUCUGCAUUGGAAGAAUUAUGGCUAGGAAAGAAUAAGAUCACCGAGAUGAAAAACCUCGACAGUCUCUCUAACCUUCGCAUUAUCUCCAUCCAAUCCAACCGCCUCACAAGCAUCACUGGCCUCUCCGCUCUCCCCAAUCUCGAAGAGAUCUAUCUUUCUCACAACGCUAUCACUGAUCUGUCCGGUCUGGAGUCAAACACUACGCUGCGUAUCCUGGACUUCUCGAAUAACCAGGUCACCCACCUUGAGCACCUCUCCACGCUGAAGAACCUUGAAGAGCUCUGGGGAUCCAAUAACAAGCUUGUCAGUUUUGAGGAGGUUGAGCGUGAACUGAAAGACAAGGAGAAGCUGGAGACUGUCUACUUUGAAGGCAAUCCUUUGCAGUUGAAUGGGCCUGCCGUCUAUCGCAAUAAGGUGCGGUUGGCGUUGCCACAGGUUACUCAGAUCGAUGCGACUUACGUACGGGUCUGA